AUGGCAUGCUGUGGUUCACGAAACGUCAGGUUCCAGAACGACCUCGAGGUGCAGCAGUUGAAAGCAAUCUCCCUGGAGAUCCCAUCAACAGCAAGCAAGAGCCACAGCAAGCUGCCUCACGAUCCAAGGAAAUGCAAGCUGGGCUCCCGGGUCUGCCCGGAGAGGCCGUGCAGAAGCAUCAGGGACAGGGUGCUGUCACGCGCCUUCUCGGAGGAGCUGGAGUCGCUGAUGCACUCUGGCAGCCACAUCUUCUUCGACCCCCGCGGCCGGGUGAUCCACCUGUGGAACAAGAUCUUCCUCACGGCGUGCCUGCUCUCGCUCUUCGUCGACCCGCUGUUCCUCUACCUGACCGGAACCCAGCAGAACAUGUGCAUCGAGUUCAAGCACUCGCUGGCGCUCAUGCUCUCCGUCAUACGGUCGCUGCUGGACGUGUUCUACGCGGCCCACAUCUGCCUCCGCUUCCGGACGGCGUUCAUCGCCCCGUCUUCCCGUGUGUUUGGGAGAGGAGAGCUCGUGAUCCAGCCAUACAAGAUCGCCAUGAGGUAUCUAUCACGGGCCUUCUGGUUUGAUCUCAUCACCGCGCUGCCUCUACCACAGUUCGUGAUCUGGGUCGUCGUGCCUAUGCUGAAGGAAUCCGCCACGGCAAACCGGAAGGAUAUCCUCCGGUUCAGCAUCAUCUUCCAGUACCUCCCGCGGCUCUUCCAGAUCUUCCCGCUCACGAGGCAGAUCGUCAUGGCGACUGGAGCCAUGACGGAGAACGCAUGGGCCAGCGCGGCGUAUAACCUCAUACUCUACAUGCUGGCAAGCCACGUGCUGGGAGCAUUGUGGUACCUCUUCUCGGUGCAGAGGCAGGAGGCGUGCUGGAGAGAGGCGUGCAAUCUGGAGGGCCCCAUGUGUCGGACCGAGUUCUUCGACUGCAACACCGUCAGUAGCAACAGGACCAUCUGGUACGAGCUGAGCAACAUAACGAGAUUGUGCACUCCGGACAAUAGUUUCUACCAGUUUGGGAUUUACGCGGAGGCCUUCAACUAUAAGCUCACCACGUCGUCCUUCACCCAGAAGUACUUCUACUGCUUCUGGUGGGGACUCAAGAACCUCAGUUGCCUGGGACAGAAUCUGGCGACGAGCUUGUACAUUGGAGAGAUAAGCUUUGCAAUCGUCAUUGGCAUCCUUGGGCUUGUAUUGUUUGCUCUGCUCAUUGGCAACAUGCAAUCGUAUCUUCAAGCGACGAUGAUCCGACUGGAGGAGUGGCGGACGAAGCGGACGGACAUGGAGCGGUGGAUGCACCACCGGCAGAUACCCCAGCCGCUGAAGCAGUGCGUGAGGAGGUACCAGCAGUACAAAUGGGUGGCCACCCGCGGCGUGGACGAGGAGGCCUUGCUCAAGGACCUCCCCAUGGACAUCCGCCGCGACAUCAAGCGCCACCUCUGCCUCGACCUCGUCCGGCGAGUGCCACUGUUCGACGAGAUGGACGAGCGGACGCUGGAGGCCAUCUGCGAGCGGCUGCGGCCGGCGCUCUACACCCGUGGCACGCGGCUGGUGCGCGAGCUGGACCCCGUGGACUCGAUGCUCUUCAUCAUCCGAGGGUACCUCGACUCGUACACGACGCAGGGGGGGCGGUCCGGGUUCUUCAACUCGUGCCGCAUCGGGGCAGGGGAGUUCUGCGGGGAGGAGCUCCUGACGUGGGCGCUGGACCCGCGGCCUUCCGAGUACCUGCCGCGGUCCACGCGCACCGUGCGGGCCGUCUCCGAGGUCGAGGCGUUCGCGCUCGUCGCGGAGGACCUCCGGUUCGUGGCGUCGCAGUUCCGGCGCCUGCACAGCGCGCGGAUCCGGCACAGGUUCCGGUUCUACUCGCACCAGUGGCGGACGUGGGCGGCGUGCUUCAUCCAGGCCGCGUGGCGCCGGCACAAGCGACGCCGCGCGUCCAUGGAGCACAUGAUGCCACAGGCAGGCGACGGGCGGGCGGGAGGGAGCGUGAGGUGCCGACGGCACAGCUGCGACGGCAGGGCGCUCAAGAAGCCCAUGGAGCCGGAUUUUACGGUGGAACAAGAGAUCUAA